AUGUCUGUCCUUGCUGUGCAUCCGUUUGAUAACACCAACCAUGCCAAUGUUCAUACAAAUCUUGUUAGCAUAGGUGCACAGCAUUCUUAUUUCUUCUACCAGCAAUUAAACUCAAACGCAAAACCCAGCACAUGUCUUCAAAAGCCAAAGCAAAUCAUUCCUUCCAUCCCAAGAAAGCACUUCAAAGCACCCAAAAACUCAUCCCUAUCACCUAUUCGAAGCCAGAAAGUAAUGCCCAAAGAAUCCAUCACAACAACGAAACCCACAGCGACCAAAAAUCCCAUCAGACUCAUUCCAAAACGCCCUUAUCCACUUGUAACAACAUUUUCAUCCCCUGCAUCUCUUCAAACAACCACCCCAAAAAGACAGAGAAAAGUGAGUUUUGAUGAAAAAGUCGUUGUUGUCUGCACCAUUUUCGAUGAAGACGCUGAUCUGGAUCAACAACAACAACCCACCGAAAUGAGGAGACACUCGACUGGCGAAACACAGCCCAAAUCCAUCCUUGUUAUACCACCACCGUCUUACAAUACUGCAUCAAAUGCACUGACACUGCCACCCAUCAAGCAGAAAAUCACUAGAUCAUUAAAGCAAUUCAAAAAUCGAUUACUAUUUGUUUAA